GAUAACAUAUUAACAAUACUAAGCGUGAAAAGUAGGGUUCGCUGGGAGAUGCUCAAUGGCACGACAGCACCAGUACGCGGGUGAGGCGGUAGCAUCUUUGCGGCACCCAAUGCCCCACCACCCUCACUCCCAGCACUUUGUCCCGCUGCAGCCCCCGACCAAAGUAUCCUCGUAUCCUCGUCCGCAGCCACCGCGAACGCAGGAUUGGAAUACGUUAACUCAAACUGAACUUUCCUCAUCGAAGAGGGAAUUGAUCAUGCCUCAAGUCCGGCAGUUUUCUCCCCCCGAGACACACACUUUCCUAACCAACAGAAGUGCCUCUUUACCCUCAAGUCUGAGCGAGCCGCUGCUACCGAUUGCGACUCCUCCGAGUAGCUUAGGGCGAACUCAAGCCAGCCCCUACAGAGCCCCUAACAAGGCUACAAGUCAAUCCAAGUCUCUCGCCACUGUCAGGCUUAUGCCCAUAAG